AUGCUGAUGGAUGACACGAGCAGAUUAGCAACCACAACACACACACAGUGAGCAGUUGGUGUGGGUACAGUUGUACAUUUUGACAUAGAGACGUUAAACAGAAGAUAAGUCAAACUGAGUCUCCACCCCUUUUCGGCCCUCUGGUCUGUCUGCAGCCCCGAGGACCAUCAGCCUCCACCACUUUGUUGCUGAACUACAGCCAACAAUAAAGAAAUUAAACCAGCUGAACUUUAAUCUGGACUUCCUGAUCAUAUGUGGGUGUGACAUACACGGCAGAGACACCACACCAGUAAUACAUAGAAUAUAUAUGAUGAGGCUGUUAACUGUGUAACAUGUCAGUUACAGAUUCACAUCCACACAGUGCAGUCAGUGAAGGCAGCAGCAGAGGAGGAGGCAAUGCUGCGACAGUCAACUAAUCUGGUUCAUUCACAGAUUACAGGAGAGAGAAGAGGUCUUUACUGUCACUGACACAGGCACAACGAAAUGGAAAGUGCUCUCCAGUCAGAGCAUCAUUCAUAUAAGCACUAGUGUUUAAAAAAGAAUCAAUAGAACAUAUAGCAGCAUACAUAAACACACACAGUCAUACACACCCAGUCACUGCAUUACAACAGUAUGAACAUACAUCUACAGACAGGCACGCUUUCUGUCAUUGCACUGAUCCAUCCAGGUUUAGAUCCAUUGCACAUUAUGUUUUGCAGCACUGAGGGUGGUUACUGCAGUUGGUUAAAAACGGUGUUUGAGUGUUUUUGUCCUGGUGUUAAUGGAUCUGUACCGUCUGCCUGAAGGCAACAGUUCAAACAGGGAGUGAGCGGGAUGGUGGGUGUCCUUUAUAAUGUUCUGGGCUUCUAUGAGAUAACGUGAACUGCAUGGUUCUUCCAGUGUGGGAGAGGGCAGUCGUCCAACUUUUGGGCGGAGUUGGAUGUUGAUGACCCUCUGGAGCGCUUUCCUCUGAGCCGCUGUGCUGCUGGUGUAGCAUACGCAUGUGCAGACAGGUGAGACAGCAGAGAGACAGACAGGUGAGACAGGUAUCUGAAGUCCAUUAAAACUCAGUAUGUGUGUGAACUCAGUGACACAGAUCCCUCAGUCAUACUCUCACUACACCUCCCAGCAUGCUCUUCACUCUUGGCCACAGUUUGUAGUUCUCAGUUGGACACAGUGUCCCGUGAGAAGCUCUGAAGUUGCUUCUGUUUCUGUUUCUUGAUCCUAAAACGAAGAUGGCGGUGCUUCUGUCAUGUGAGUGAGCAGGAGCCGGUGACGUAUGACUUCUUCUGCUGCUAGCUGGUGAGCUACUGUUGCUAAUCGAGCACUCAGGAACAGCGCCAGGCCCUGAGGCCAGUUUUCAUAGUGGUCAACCUGUGUAACUACACCGUCAGGUGACACCAAACACGUUGUCCUGUAUUAAACUAACAAGCUGAAAGAAACGUCUGUGAAACGUCACAACCCCCAGACACGAGUCGUUCACUGGCACAGGUCUCUACAUUGUGCUGUGGACCAGUUGUAGAGCCAGCGUCUUGCUAUUGGAAGGUUGCCGGUUCGAUUCCUUGAGUUAGAUGCUGAAUAAACUGCUCCUGAUGUGCUGGUCAUGGCAGCCACCUUCAUGGUAUGAAUAACUUCCGUUGUCCAGCUGUGAUCAUAAAGAUGGAGGCACCUGCAGCUGCUCGACAGACGGAGAAUCCACUCAGCAUAGUUUUCAAAAAGGAGGUGACGAGGAGGUGGAGGAGGAGGAGGAGGAGGAGGAGGAGGACGUGGGGAUGAAGGGAAGUCAAGAGAGAGCCAGAGGAUGACAGCUGGACUCCACCGCUGGCGAAGGUGGCGGACGAGGAGGCAAAGCAGAAGACAAACCAACCUGAGAGGAAGCAGCGUCGGCAGGCCUGCGGGCACUGUGCGGCCUGUCUCAGAGAGGAUUGUGAGAAGUGUCUUUACUGCCUAAAUAAGAGGAAGUUUGGAGGCCCACAGAGGAAGAAGCAGAGGUGCCAGCUGAGAGUGUGUCUGGUGGUGGAAAGCAAGUUCAGACCCAGCCCACCGCAGACCAACCUCACAGUUACCAUGGCAACCAAACCCCAACAUCAUCAGUGGAAGAGAGGGAGGGAUGAGAAGGAGGAGGAGGCGAAAGCAGCAAAGGUGGGGAGGAGGCAGGGCGACUCCUCAAUGGAUGAAGGAGGAGUCAGGAGGAGGAGAGAAGAAAAAAGGGAAGAAAAACUCUCCUUCAGCUCAGCAGGGUUCUGUCCUCAUCAGGUCCACUGACCCCACCCACCCAUUGGAGGAGGAAGCAGUGGAGAUCACGAGGAGGGGAGCAGAGGGAGGCCUGAGUGAGGAUGGACGGAGGGCGGAGGAGACGGCAGGGCGGGCGGAGGAGGAUGAGGACUGCAGUGAACUAGUGAUGGAGAGUGGAACAUACUUCGAGGUGGAGGUGGAGGUGCCAGGCUCCGACUCAGACGAGGAGACACUGACGGCUUCAUGGACUCCCUCUGAGGUCAUAGAAGGCCCUGAUGAUGUCACAGUGCUACAUCCCGCCUACGAACCCCCCAACAGUGUGUUCAGCCUGUUAGGAGGCGGGGCCAUGGAUGAGGUUAUAUGUGGGCGGAGUUUGUUGCGUCUGCUAAGGGUGUUGAGGAGGACGGUGCUGCCGGCUCAUUGGGUACCUGUUCUGACGGCUGGACCUCUGCUACAGCUGCUGAAGUGCUCCAAGCUGUCCUCCAUGUCCGACACCAUCGUCCACGUCCAUCCUGAUCACUGCUUCUACAUCACUGUGCAGAGCAGACUGCUGCCAGACACACACAGUCUGUACACAACACACACACUGAGGAUCACACACCUCAGCCAGCUGGUGUCUCUGGUUGCCCCGCCCUGCCUCACCUGUCUGCCCUGCCUGCGGAGGAGGAGGAGGAGAUGAAGGGUAGGAUGAACUGACCUCUGACCUCUGACUUGGACUCCACGGGUUACAGCUUUGUAGCUGCUUGUUAGAAAUUAAGGUUUACGAUUUUCUUCUCAAAAAAGUGUCACCUGAGCAGGUAUAGACGAGACAAAAAGUCUGACUACCCCACCGCCUCUUAAAGCCGCUCCGCCUCCUCAGCCAGGGAAGAUGAGGUAAAGGUGUCUUUACAGGGAGUAAUGUCUCUCUCACACACACACACACACACACACACACACACACACAGACCCCAAAUGAGGAUUUCUGGGUAAUGAAGUCCUCUCUUGCUGUUACCUUGUUACACUCAAUUGACAAAACCCUGCGUGCGUUUAGUCUAUCGGACUGUUUUGAUGUGAAGUUCUUGCAUCAUGUUUCUAGUUCAGCUGCGUUGGAAAAUAUAUUUUUAAUAGAUGUUGGUAUUUGUAUUUAAUAAAAAGUGUUUUUACAUGUGAACAGAAACCAGCUGUAGAUUGAGCAGGAAGCCAGAGAACACUAGAAGAAACAAUACAUGGCCAAAAGUAUGUGGACAGUAAAUGUUUGAUGCCUCUUUUAGAACAGAUAUGUAUUUUUAACAAUCGCUGCAAAAAAAAACUAAUGAUAAUUUGAAAAGAUCUUUUCCUUUUGUGAAUAUUUUAGUUUUAAAUUAAAAAGUAUCUGGAGAUACGAGUUGACUUGUUGACCCUCCAUAUGAAAAUAAAGAGUUUUCUGUCUGUGAGA